ACCAGUUCAGAUCUACUUUCAUCAUUCACACAAUUCCUAAGUAGUAAAAUCAGCAAGGAUGGGAAUUUACAUGUAAGUUACUCUCAGUUCGGAUAAGUCACUAAUUAGUUCAUGUUCAGGGCGCACGUUUACCGAUCUAAGCCUAGUUCCGUACGAUGAAUACAGUCGUUCAGAAAAACUGAAAACGUCUUAGAGUUAGCAUUAUCGAGUCCUGGCUAAAUCCUUAGGGUUGCUGGGUAAAGCAAGCUAAAACAAUUUUUCUUUUCCUCGAGAAAAUUCCUGGCAUAUUUCCGUGAAAAAUUUACUUGAGAGAUAGUGCUGUACUUUUUGCUUACUCUGUGGCUCAGCAGUGUAUACUGUUAUCACAACCCGUUUUAGAUUGAAACCAGACAAAUGCUGACGUUUAUUUCAUUAUAAAGAGGGUCUCAGCGGAGUAAAACAGACCAGACAAAUAGGAAACUGCGAAUGUGUCUCAAGUCUCAAGAUCUCUUGUCAAAGCUUUUCUGUGCCUUGUCUUGUGGUUUGGUAGGACAGGGAAAAGCCAGUAGACUUAGUUGUAACUAUAUUAGUCUACGAUUCUUGUAAAGAUACCUUUUUCAAUCCCGGAAUGCCCGGUCUAAAGACCUUAAAUUUGUUUUAUAGCAAUCGAUGAAAACUAAUUUUAAUUUUCAACCAACGGUAAUUAAUUUCCAAGAGUUAUAUUAACCGUAACAAAAAUAAAUUAACCGUGAGCCGUGAAAAAGACAAAUUACUAACUGUUAUCUGGAAAAGCCACCACCCUAUUGAGACCCUCUAGGUUAAGUCUGGAAGUCCAGUCUCUAAGUCUGUAAGUCCAGGUAUCCAUCGUCGGUUGAUGUGGCUUCCACUAGUUUAUUUCUUUGAUUUAUGUUUAGUUUGGAACUUAUUCUUUGCUUAGCCAGUGACAGCUCAUCUCAAUCAAAAUCUUCAACAUAAAUGCAUCAAGGCAGCUGGCCGCAGGAUGUGCAAUCCAUUUAGCAAUAAUGUUUCUGUUAGUUAGAAAUUAUAAGAAGCUGAAACGUGUGUCGCCCUUGAAUUCUCAGCACCACAGAGCUCUGCCCAAUUACAUAUACAACGAGCGUGAUCCCUCCAUCAAGAACUAUGGUGGUAGAAAGAUCGACUGGUUUAACUGGAAUGAAUAUUAUCCGGGAUUUGCUUGCCGCUGUGCACAGAAGGCGAAGCAUUUAGGGUACGAUCUUUUCGGUCUUCAGUUUUACGGGGAAUGCUGGGCUGGUCACAGCGACCAUGACAACUAUGCAAAGCACGGCGAAGAUAAACAUGGUUGUAUUGAAGAUGAUUACCAGCCAUGUCAAAAAAAUACUCGCUUUUGUAUGGGUAAACACCUGCGCAACAUGGUGUAUCAGAUCGUGGACAUCAGCUGCCCCCUUGUAGCUUUCGAGAAGAUUGGAUGUUUUAAAGAUAACCACAUAGUCUCAGCUAGACCACUACCAGAGUAUCUUACCAACGAUCGAGAUCCCAGGCAUCCAACAUUCAGUGGACAGAGGAUUGACUGGCGAAACUGGGAUGUCUAUGUGCCAGACUUUGCCUGUAGAUGCGCACUCAAAGCCAAGGAAAAAAAUUACACCUUCUUCGGCAUGCAAUUUUAUGGAGAGUGUUGGAGCGGUGACAGGACGCUAGCAUACAUGUAUGAUCGAGAUGGUAUCAGCUCUAGAUGUACUAACCAGUGCUUCCAGCCAUGUACGAAAUACAACAAGUUCUGUUCGGGCAAGCAUUCAGCAAACUACGUCUACAAAAUAAAGGAUGGCUCCUGUGAAGUAGAAAUCAAUCCUGUGGGUUGUUACAAAGAAAACAAAUACCACCUCGUCAUGAAAGAUAUUUUCCAUAAUGAAGCGGCGCCAGACAAACCGAACUUCGCUGGAAAUAUGCUUCAGUUUAGUGAGAAGUACGAAGUGGACUUCCCAGAAUUCCUCUGCAGAUGCGCACGAGUCGCAAAACAAAAUGGAUGGGAGUAUUUUGGAGUCAGAGAUAUUGGACUUUGUGUGCGCAGCAGUCCUGAAAUAACGAAUUUUGACAAGUUUGGUUCAUCAGACAAGUGUUUUGAGGGCAAAAACGCAAGCCAACCGUGUGGUAGUGGUUCUAAAUUGUGUGGAGGCCGGGAUACUGAAGCCAACUAUGUGUACAAGAUAACCAUUCCAGGUGCUGUUAAGCAGUCGAGUGACGUGGCCCAUGAUGGUCCAGAAGAGUUUCUAAACCUAGGGUUCUCCCCAAAAGACAUUCUGCGAAGAAAGAGAAGUCCUUAAACAGUGGUUCCAACCAAAUAAGAGUAUAAGAUCUGCGCAUGUAGGAAUGGAAAAAUAGACGAAACGCACCAAUAAACUAUUAGUUACAGAUUUGGAUAAUAUUUCCUGUAAAGAGGACAGACUAGUGAAAAGUAUUCAUUAAAGGACGGUUCGAAGAAUCAA